GGAGCAGGAGGGCCACCCGGUCAGCCUGGACAACCCGGCAACGAUGGUACACCAAGUCCACCUGGAGCUCCCGGUCCAGCUGGUUCAAAGGGAGCGCCUGGAGCACCUGGUAAGGAUGGACAACCCGGCGCAGCUGGAGCGCCUGGCGCUCCAGGUGUUGGAAAUACACCAAUACCUGGACAGCCUGGAGGGGCUGGAUCCGACGGACCUCAGGGUGCACCUGGUCAAGAUGGAAAAGAUGGACCUAACCACGGAAUAGGACCAGCAGGACCUAGAGGACCACCUGGACCUCCUGGUCCUCCUGGAGGUGAUGGAACCCCUGGUACUCCUGGAGUUGCAGGAAAGGAUGGAGCUCACGGAGAGCGUGGUAUUUGUCCCAAAUACUGCGCCCUUGAUGGCGGAGUGUUCUUUGAUGAUGGAACUAGACGUUAA